UUGAGUUGGCUCACCUUCAACUGAAUACAUCUACAAUAAAUUAAAUGAUUAAGCGUAAUUCAAUACUUUGACGAAAACAACCAUCGUAUAUCACUUUAUAAUAUGAAGACAGAAGGCGAAAUAUAUUAUGUCCCAAUUUUAAUACACAUUAGUUGUCAUCGUUACCGCCAUUAAUUUAUCUCAAGUCUACCGUCGCGGUUCCAAUUUAGAACAGACUUGUCACUCGUUUCAAAGGAAAAAAAAUGUCGAAACAUUUGAGAGCUCAUGGAACAUUUAAUUCCGAUUAUUAUUAUGAAAAUUAUCUAACAAUAAGUAAAAUUCCAUGACGAAGGAACGAGGAGGAACGCCGAUGAGACGCGGAUUGCUGUCCUUGUUGACGCAAAGAGAAACGGCGCGGCGUGACAGUAUAUAAGGUAGACGCCUCGAGAGUGUCCCGCGGUGCCCCCUCGAGCCUCCCCGUGUCGCGAAGACGGACGCAGGGGAGAAGGGACAGACUCUCGUGCGGUGCUGUACACAACCACCACCGAUGCUGGAUCACGGGGGCGUCAAGAGAAGCGAGAGAGCAGGAGGUAGGCCAAGAGGGAUACGGGUGUAUCGGGGGAGUGAAGCUUAACGCAUGUGCACAGGGCGCUUCGCGUCGCGGCGCUCCGGUCCCGCCGGUCGGAGGCUGCGAAACCGAGCGGGCGGAAUUCGCGGAUCAGAGUCGUCGCAUCUCUCGCUUAAGAUAUACAUCACCGCGGCACCGCGUCCGCGGUUUUCCAUGGGUAUCGGCGAGCCGAGAGCCGUCCCGACGCUGGCCGACACGCACCGAGCUCCGGUAAGGGCUGUCAAUCGUCGACGGGAUGCUGCGCUCGGGGUACGCUCGGUGACGAAUGAUAUCCCCCGAAAUUACGGUCUUUCGUGCGACGCGACACACGUGCGGUACGCCUUGAAGUGCGAGGACAACGAAUCCGAAGGACCUACAGUGGCGAGACAAUCCAACCCCGAAUCGGCACGACGAUCGAGUUCCAGUUAACAGAGCCUGAAGGGUCGAUAUAUUUAUUUUCUUGGUACUCUCUUGAGGAAGCCUCCAGGAAGAUUAUUGUACUUUAGCGCAAGCUGAACCGACGUAUUAACGAAAUCAUCGAAUGACCGGGAGGAAAGUGUGAUAUCGUGGGAAGCUCCUAGCAGAUGGAAAACAUUCUCUUCUAUUGACGAUUCGCUUCAUCGAUAUUACUUCAUCAUUGAUUUCUGCAUUGUGCUUUAAACACAAUAAUAAGAGGCCGAGGAGAUUUAAUUUGGAAAACGUAGCUUGUUCUCGUAAAGGAGCGUUCCAGAUUACGUUUUGCAGAUUCUUGGGCGUCAUAAAUCUUGUAGGUCAAUGUUAAGUUACGGCUCAUUAAAUACAGUGCGCUGUUCAUCGACCUCGUGCGAGCAUUAUUCUCGUUAUGUCUUGAAGAAGUCUACUCGGUAAUUCAAGCUUUUGUCCAAACAAUUUCAUCCAAAUAAAGGAGAAACGGAUUCGGAUAAUUUCGAAUGACCUGAUCCGUCUUAUGUUGCGCUAAGUCAGUUGCUCGCUUAUUUUUUAUCAUUAUUCAUCGGCAAGCAACUCUAUCAGCGAAAAACCUAUUGCGAUUUAGCAAUAUCCUUUUAAGACAAUCUGAAUAAUCACGAGAGAACUCGCUUGAAGCAGUAUUAUUCGAAUCAAGUCAGAGUACCAAGUACAAUAAGCGUUCCAAGUAUUUUGUGCGACUCCUCCAGUUUGUUGGAUUGUGUGCGAGGGUAUCGCGAAGGCAAAGUGAGGAAAAGGGUGAUGGUGAAUGGACUCACAUGGUUACUCUAUCCAAUAGACAGUGACUCUGCUCGAAGGACACAUGGUUCGUCGACGGUGUUGGAUUUUUCUGAUCCCACGCAAUUUCCUGUCGUACCUGGCUCGGUGACUGUUGGCGAAUCUGUUCGCUCUUCGUGGACAAAGACUUCCAGGAAGGUGGUGUGUGAAGGGAAGUACCAGCCACGACGGGGCCCAGCGCCGGGGCGGAGACAAGGCCCCCGGUGCAGGGAAGAAGCGAGGCAGGGGAAGAAGUCGAGUUUAGCGUAGCAGCAACGGCCCUGAAACUACAGGGGAGAACAACUACCCCCUUGAACAGGGGGGAAACUAGAAGGCGACCUCGCCGACGGAGGCGACGGAAAAAGAAGCGACGGAGGUGCGGCGUAAUUUCGAUUAUAGGGUGGACAGAGGAACGAAACGGGUCUGGAGUGGCUUGGCGCUUUGAACGAAAGUGUCACACCGGGGAAGACGAAGGACUUUGAUUACUAUCUUCCGCUACCACCUUGUGUAUGCGUGGUAUACUAUCUCUUCUUUCUCCACUUGCUAAUUAAAAAGGUUCUGUAGUGCUCCAGUUUAUAAUUUUACCCCCUUUUGGUAGUGAGCUCAGUGUGAUAAAAAGUCAAAUGAUGUACAUGUGAUCCAAAAUGAUGGUAAUUUGAUAAAAAUAUAUAUAUGUAUAUGUGUGUGUGCUUGUGCUGCUCAAGAGUGCGUGAGAUGACAAAGAUCGAGUGAGAAGAAAUAACAAAAAUUCGCGAAGAAAUGCAAUGCUGAAGUGAUAAAUCUGUAUCUAUGUAAAGACGUGUGCCAGUGUGUCCGCACAGGAAAAGUACAAAACAAAAUAAAUUUACGAAGAUAAAAGGAUAGAGAGAAGAAUCAUAGAUCAGCUGAAGAUAACCAAAGGAAAGUCAGACAGCAACGUAGAAAAGUGACAUAAGCAGGUGGGACAGGUGGGACAGUAGCAUGAGUUCGUACUUUGCGAAUUCGUAUAUCCCGGACCUGCGAAAUGGCGGGGUGGAACACCCGCAUCAGCAUCAGCAGCACUACGGUGCGGCCGUACAGGUACCUCAGCAAACACAAUCGGUCCAGCAACAGUCCCAGCAAGCCGGUGACCCCUGCGACCCAAGUUUGUUACGUCAAGGAGUAUCCGCCCAUCACUAUGGAACCGCGGGAGGUCAGCAGGAUAUGCCUUAUCCGAGGUUUCCCCCGUACAACCGGAUUGACAUGCGGAACGCGGCCUACUAUCAGCAUCAGCAAGAACACGGAAGUAUGGACGGCAUGGCCGGUUACAGGUCGACGUCUCCGAACACCGGUAUGGGUCACAUGGGACACACUCCUACCCCCAAUGGACAUCCGUCCACUCCCAUCGUCUAUGCCAGUUGCAAACUUCAGGCGGCUGCUGUCGAUCAUCAAGGCAGUGUUCUCGAUGGACCGGAUAGCCCGCCUCUCGUCGAAUCGCAGAUACACCACCAAAUGCAUAGCCAGCAUCCGCAUAUGCAGACACAGCAGUCGCAGCAUCCACAGCAGCAAUCGCAGCAUCAGCAUCUGCAGGCGCAGCAGCAUAUGAUGUACCAGCAGCAACCACAAUCUCAAACUCCAUCGCAACAGGGACAAGGUGGAAUGCACCCGCAACAGCAGCAACAAGCUCAACAGCAUCAAGGCGUCGUUGCAUCGUCGCUCAGUCAACAACCGCAAGGCACCCCUCAGGGUGCGGCGACUUCGAACUUACCGAGUCCAUUGUACCCUUGGAUGAGGAGCCAGUUUGAAAGGAAACGGGGUCGACAGACCUAUACGCGAUACCAAACGUUAGAACUGGAGAAGGAAUUUCACUUCAACCGAUAUCUUACUAGGCGGCGACGCAUCGAAAUUGCACACGCGCUAUGUCUGACGGAACGGCAGAUAAAGAUCUGGUUUCAAAACAGACGGAUGAAGUGGAAGAAAGAGAACAAGACGAAAGGCGAGCCGGGUUCAGCUGAUGGCGACACUGAAAUCUCGCCGCAGACGUCGCCGCAGGGUUAAAAGAGCUACGAGGAGUGGAACUUCUUUUCCACCUCUCUCAGGGUCGUUAAUACCUUGUUUCCAGCACUACCUCCUCCCCACCCAAACCCUAAUCCCCCAUCGAUGACCUCCAAAUGAUCCCUCUAAGCAAUGACGCUUAUUUUGUCGUGUUAAUCAUGUUGCUUGUACCAAAAACGAAACAGAUAACGAUGAAGGCGAGGAAGUUGUAGAGAGACCCGUAAGAGCGCUCGAUGACGUAUAGACGAUAAGAGAAGGGAACUUACGAUAAACUCAGAGACACGAAGGUACGAGGAAAGCGAGAAGAAGAAGAAGACGAAGCAAAAUGAGAAGCAGAGACGCACAAACGAGUCAGCAGAGGAUUUUGCGGGAAUACGCGCGAAUAAGGUGGAUCAAGAUUUAUUGAUCGAAAGGAGUAAAUAAAACUGGAUCACAUGCUAAUCAGAACCGCGUUAACCUCUAUUACGUUUAAUCGAUUAUUGUAUACUAAAAAAGCCUAUAUAUGUAUAUAUAUAUAAUAAAUAUAUAUAUACAUACAUAUACAUACAUACAUACUUACAUACAUAUAUAAUAUAUAUAUGGAUGAGGAUGUAUGUAGUUUAAUGUAAAAUCGUGAGAGCGAGUGACCGAUGACCGGUACUGACGCACGUAGAAGACGUGAUUCAGAAUGAUAGAGUAUUAAGAAUUAAAUUAGCCGAGAAUGACAUGCGCGAAUCUGAUUGCGAGUAUGGUAGAAAGAAAGAUCGUAUUGAAAUCUUAGAAGAGCAUUUUAUUAUUUAUUCUCUUACAUCAUAAAGUAGAAUUGUAGGGCGAUUAGUAGAAUAGUCGUACGAAGAUGUCCGUCGCGUCUGUAUUUAGCGAGUUAGGUAAGCGGUUUAGAGUCCUUAGAGGAUUGUUUAGAUAGAUUUUUUUUUUCUCUAAUACCGCCGCGCGGUGGCUCUAACGAGGAUAUUUAUGAUUCGUGCCAAGUGUGAUCUUCGAGAAUGUGUUUUGAUAAAAUUCGAGAGAGGAUUACGACGAGAUACAACAGGUGGACAGAAAGAGCAUAAGCGGAAGAAGAAAAUCAUCGAGUUUGCGUCUUGUCUUGAGAACAGUGAUACAAGUGUGUGCAAAACUAAUUCCAACGGAAGAUCAGUGAAUUCGGAUGUAUAAAUAUAAAGGUCAUGGCAUAUUGUUUUUGGAAUGUUGUACGGAAGAGGCGACCGUGAAUGGGACAGAAUAGUGUUGAAUGAUAAAGUGAAUAUGCAAAAAAAAAAACAGCGCCCCUCGGCGGAGCAGAGUCAAAUGGACUUAGCAUUUCUUCAUCAGCGUCAUCUCAAGGUCAGUCUUAUAAAGAUUGCUAAUGAUAUGCAGUUAUCGGUUAUAUUACUUUGUUUCUCGUUGAAUCAUCGCGCAUUUGAUAAGAACAGUAAGUUUUGAACUCCAACGGAAUAAGUUUACAUUUUUAUGUAAUUGAUGAUGCAUAAAACUGUAGCUUAUCCGUUUACUGACCGAUAGUUGGACAAAUUUGUUCCUAUCACGCAUAUUGCUCAAAAUGACGAAUAUAUAAUGUACAUAAGCAGUUCUUUCCUAGCUAAAAAAAAGAUUGUGUCCGCUUGGAAAAGGAUGUUCAAAUUACAAAUUUUCGGCAUUAUUUUCAAUAAUUUAGAAAUGUAUUUAUGUGUAAGAAAUGUGUUUUAUAUUAUUAUUUAUUAUUUGGAUCAAGAACUUUUGAUUUGUACUCGAAAUAGUACAAAUGAUUUAAGAAAAGAAAACAGCUAUUUGAUAUUAAGAUAUUCGGUAAUAUCUAAUGACAUUUGAUAUUGAAUAAUAAAUGUAUAUAGUGUAAUAUGUCUUUUUUACAAUGUCGGACAUGUAAUGUGAUCUCGAAUAAAUUAUUUUCUUUAGAAUUUUUUUUAAAGAGCAAAUGCUAUAAUUAUACUCGUAAUAGCGUUACAAUUCUCCCUUUUUUUUUCUGUAAAUAUUGAAAGAAGAUAUCUCAAGGAACGAAAGUUUAUUUGCAUUAGUAGCUAUCGAAAAUUUGCUCUUGCUCCGCGCGACAUGACGCCAAGUUACCAAGUGUUAUAAUACAUAGCGUAUUUUCGGAAUAGGAUGCUUUCGGCAUGAAACCGCUUGGCACCUUAAUAGUGGCUCAGAGCUAACUUAACCAAAAAAUUUUUUAUUAUGUAUAUACAAUAAUUUUUAUUAUCAUUCCAAAUCAUUAUAUUCGAUUUUUUGUAUAGUAUGAAACGAAUUUAAGUUUUAUACCAUACAAUAUUUAUAUAUAAUUAAUUAAAUGUAACCAAUCUUUAUUUCAGUUUUUUUUUAACUGAUUGCGAGUGAUAUAUUGUUCAUUUUUUGUGAAUUAUUUUCUACUACUAUUUAUAUGGGAAUUAUAAUAUUUUUAUUUAAGUUUUUACAUAAUAAAACACCCUCUCUAUAUGUGAGAAAUGCGUGAUUAGCAAGAAUCCAAUUUGUUACAUUUAUAUUGAAACAAGCGUGUUAAGCGUGGCAAGCGGUAUCAGAGCACACGAUCGUCAACUCGAUCGUCUGAUCUGGUUCGAUGAAUUGUUUCGAUUAUGCCGUAUCGGGAGAUCCAGGAAAGCCCGGCCACGUUGUAGCCAGGCGAGCCCAUAUAUUCCGCCGCGGUGAAUUCUUGUGCUGUGUUGUAAACUUAGAUUCGACAUAAUUAUUUAGUGUAUAUCUUGUAUACACCAUAAUUAACGAUAUACGUAAUAAUCGAUAUUAAUAACCGCGUGCUAAUUAUGAACAGCGAUCAAAAAUGCGCCUGUAAAGGUGGUCAAUCUUCUAACUCGCUGCAGAAUUCGGCUCCUAAUCAUCUCUUCACUGAAAAUAGGAUAAAGUGACGAAGAGAGUGGCACGAAACGUGUAAUCGAUAUACGUAACGUAUGGUCCAGCUCGCGCUCAUGCGUCGAUAGAGCAAUGUGUGACCAGCCUUUCCUUCUCGAGAAAUUUAUUUAUGUAAAAUUCUUUGUCCUUGAGGAGCAACGAACUGUACGAAGCGGAAAAUCCGCGGCGCUCGCUCGCUAUCGCGCGUGUUUUUGAAAUGCCCGUCUAUCUAGCCAAUCAUGCUUUUAUGAAAGAAUCUAUCUUUUUCUACAUUUUUGUUUUGUUAUUUGGUUUUUAUGUAAUUUGGAUAUAUCGAAAUUAUUACUGAAAUUUUUUUUAUCACAAGUUGUACUAACAACAUUUACGUUUUAUUUUUAUGCUUCUGAAGUACAACAGUUGUAUUAUUGAUGAAUUAUUUACGUAGACGUACGACAUACAACUUUGCAUGAUAUUUUACAUGGAUUUUUAUAUAUUUUAUUGCGAACAAAUUGCACGACUAGUUCUAAGCAUUAAUCAAAUAAUAAUAUUUUUUAAUGAUAAAGGAGAAUGUGCGGUUCGCGAAACAUGACUUCUUAUCAUCUCUGGUAAGGAAAAAUUCUAUACUCUUGACCAUAUUUGUUUUAAUGUUAUGAUAAAAAAAACCUUCGUGUAUCCAAUUUCUAGAGACCAGAAUAAUACUUUUUUUCCAAGUUGCUAAAGAAAGAAUGAUAAUAAAUUAUGAGAUGAGAUUCUUAUGAUUUGCGCAUUAUUUUAAUAACUAUUGAAAUUAUCGUAUAUAUAUAUACAUUUAAAUUUUUCAAUUGUAAUAAUAUACUAUACAAGAAAUGAAAAUUGAACUUUAAGAUGCAGUACCGAUGUGUCAAAGAUAUCUAUCGAAGAUUAUUUGCAAACAUCUAAUUUGAUUGUAAUAUGUACAAAAGUUGAAUAGUGCAAUAAAAUAUGUUUAAAUGAAAGAUACGGUGGACUUCGGUGCUGUAAAAGUAAUUGUGGUGAGCGAUCGCCGUGAAUAUGUACGCAAUUAAAAAGAAAAUAAACUUUUGUAUCUAUCGGAUAGAGAGGACCUAUUACUUAUAAAUUAAAAAUAUAUACGUAUAUUAUAUAUAACGCGAGAAGGGAAAAAUUCAUAGUAUUAACUGGGAGGAAUAAAAUGCAAAAUAUAUAUUUUAUCUUUAUUCGUAUAUAUGCGCAUUAAAUUACAAGAUAUACGUAAAUUAAACCAAGUACCGUGAGUGUAUGCAAAAGUAGAACGUAAAAAAAACUGAACAUAAAUGCAACAGCGUGUACGUACGAAGUAUGUCACUAAGAUAGUCCGUAUUCGAUAAGAGUGUCAUCUAAAAUCUAAUUCGUAAAAAAAAAAAAAUAAAGAAAUAGCGUUAAGUAAACGGGUAUGUGUCGGUCGCAACGAGUGGUGGUGGCGAUCGUGAAAUUUUUAUUGGAUUUUCGUCUAAAUAAAGAACGGCACCCGCCAUUAAGCGUACACCACGGCAAAAACGCGCAAUGAAAAUUUUAUUUAUUAUUAUUCACGAUACGCGAGAGAGCGGCGGCAUUUACAAAAAAAAAAUUGUACAUAAGUCCGAUCUUUUUAACUAGGCUAUCCGCAAAAGAAAGAAACGCUACCAGAUAAGUAGAACAAAGAGAAAUGAAGAAAUAUAAGGAAAAGUAAUAUCUGUCAUUGAACGAAUAACUUUCAGACAGUAAUAUUAUUUAGUCCGGUAAUAUUUAUUGAUACAUGUUAUAUAUACCGCAAAAUGGAUCUUUCUGUUUGUUUAAUUGAUUAUACAAUAAAUAUUUUUUAUAAUGUACUAGAUAAAGUUGUAGGUAUUUGUAUGUACCAUUAUUCUAACACUUCCUUGAGUAUCUCUACAAAAUGACAUGGAUCGGUAGAGAUUACGAAAUCCUUAUGCUGAUGUUGUACUCUCGCAUAUCCAAUCAUUUUUAUCGGAUGACGCGUGUAAAUACAAAACGACGUUUAAAAGAAACGACAUGUUCCGCGUAUUUCGUUGAUUUAUCCUUCACAAUUUCGAUUUUUUAGUCUGAUCCAUUUUUUAUUAUACAAACAUUAUACAAAUAAGCAAGCUACAAAACGUCGUCUUCGUACGUGUAUGCGCCGAAGAGUUCCUGAUUUCCUGUCGCAUUUCAGGAAAAUGUCAUUAGUUUCAUAUUACCUGUUAGGUAUCGUAUUUCUAACUAAAUACGUAAAAUGUAUAAAUAAGCAAGUCCCUCGCUCCAUAAUCGUCCAUCGAAUUCGUUUAAUUCGUUGUGAAAUAUUUGAUUUAUAUUCUUUCUCUAAAAAAAAACGUGAGACGGUACAGAUAAAAUCUCAGUAUCACUUAAAAGAUAUUAGUAUGCAUUGGAAUACAUUGAUUUUAUCUCUUUCUAAAAAUUGAAUUUUGUAGUGCACUAAAUUGAUUAAUAUAUAUACUUCAUUUAUUAAAUCAUCACUUCGAUAUACUUGUAAAUGUAAAAAAAAAAAAUCAAGGCAUUAUAAAUGUAUUGCUUAUAUGUAAUGCAGCUAAAGAAGAUUGCCAUAACUAUAUACAAGAAAUUUCCGAUUUUUUGCUAUUUCGAACGUUUCGUGAGAUAUGCGGUCUCAUCGAUUAUAGGUUCCGCCAUGUGAAGACUGAUAGACUCCGUAGCGCGAGACAAGAAUAUUGUAUACAAUAGUCGCUAAUAAACAAGCAGACAUCCAGACCGAUAUAAUUAUUUGUCGAUAGAAAUAAUUAUUUAACUGUGCGUUAUUAAUAUUUAAAUUAACUAAUUAUUCCAAAAGAAUUUCUCGGAUUGAGGUUGAAUUUAGAGCGACUUCGGAACUGUACUUGUAAAAUCUUCUUUUGUAAGUCGAGCUAACAUCCAAAUACGAGCAAUAAAAAUUGUCGAAGUUGCUCUAUAUUCUAUAUAUACAUAUAUAUAUAUAUAUAAAUAUAUAUAUAUACAACUUUCAUUUUGAUGCGGACACGGAACAAACAAAUAAGAUGCAUUUGUAUAUAAUUAGUCAUGAAAAAUUUAUUGUGGAUGAAAGUUUCUUUUUAAAAUUAUCGGCAGGGCAAUGUGAAAGGCGACGUCUGACGUCGCGGUAUCGAAUCGCGAGCCGCGACCCUGUAUACGAUACCGCGUAGGUAAAGUAGGUACCUGUUUACUAGAUUAAAAAAAAACCUUACAAAGUAACGGUAGCAGAGGUCUAAUUAAUCACUAUUUAUUGAUACGAUAUAGUAACGAUAUUCACAUGGUUGAGUUCCGCGAGUAACUCCAUUACUCAGUGACUCGACGAAAAUAUAACUAGAGUAAGAGGAUGACAAUAUUUCGAGAGCCGCCACGUUGUCGUCCGCUGAUGAACUUACGGUUUCUCCAGUGUGUCGCACUCCAUGUAUUUUUAUUACAAAAGAAUUCGUUGUCAAAAUUUCAUAUGGAGAUUCUUGAUUUUACUAUUAUUGUCAAGUGAUUCUCGAAUGUUUUAAAGUUAUUGGAAUUGAAAGAGAAACGGUAUUGCAAGUUUUUACGAGUGUUUUAGAAACUACUAACAAUAAAUAAAUCUAGUAAUCUCGGCAUUUCUGGUUGUACAUACAAUAGUUUAAUGUCUACGUUUGUGCGAUUUUUUUAUGAUACGCAACCGUGCCAAGGUCACUAGGAAUCGCGACCUACAAAGUGAGAAGCAAGUUUUGGAUAUGCUAUACAUGCGAGACAACAAUUUAGGAGACAAGCCGCGAUUUAUUUUGGUAGAAGGAACGCUACGUUGCCGUUCCAUAAAAAUUUGCGUUACUAUGUUUUCCUGAAACAUGACGUACAAUCUGCGAUUAGGUUUGCUAUCUCUCAGCUACACACUUGAGUCACCAUGGUUACGCAUUGCCCCGACCGAAAACACAAACUGUAUAUGUAUCAUAUAUUCUACAUAUUAUAUACGCACACAUAUACACAUAUACAUACAUAAAUACAAAUUCAACAUACAAUAUAUAAACAUUGCCUAUUUACAAAAGACCGGGUACAAUGCAUUCGUUUCAACGAUUGUGCGGAAGAAAAUACUUAAGUACAGGUGUGCCUAGCAGCCGAAAACAAACAUGGGCAACACUGCUUUAUCGAACGAUAAAUCGAAGAAAAAAAAAUAUAAAUAAAUGAAUCUAUAUAUAUAAAUAUAUAUACAUAAAUUAUAUAUAUAAAUAUAUAUAUUUAAAUAUAAAUAUACGAUAAUUAUUACAGCUACAACAAACGUAUAUAGUUAUUUUGUAGUGUCUCGCAUUAUGUAAACUAUAUGUAUACAUAAAGAGUACGACAGUGACGAUGUUGAUGAUGAUUGCAAUGGUAAACGAUGUCUUACGCGAGUGAAGUAUGUAUUAUGUAUAAUGAUGAAGACGACGACGAGAUGGAUAAUAGUAUUACAUGCUAUCAUGUCGACGAGUCUAAACCGUAUUGUAUUAUAUUAUAUAAGAGUCUGUCCAUAUUAAUAAUAAUAAUUAUUAUAUUAAUUAUAAUAGCUGUGUUUGGAAACGAGAAAUAAAUUGUGGUUGAAUAUGAA